AGGUCUCUCGCCUUCAUAGACCAUCAUCGGACCGUCUCCAAGGGUAUAUUGGAAUGAUUGAAAUAACUCUUUGUGCAAAUCAAUCGAUGUGUAAUUCUGAUCCUCCGCUCUAACGCACAAGAAAAAAGAGGAGCAGCGGAUAUCAAGCGCGCGGGAGCCGAUGUACAGCACUAUGGAGAGGCAGAUCUAAUUUUCGAUUGCUGGCAUGUCGUGUGUGUGUGUGUGGCGGGCAGAGCUCUUUCUGUCUCUGGCACGCUGGCAUGUGCAUUGUGUGCUGGUAAUGCAAUAUUGCGGGCCCAACUCCGCCAAACUGACUCUCGCCCUUCAUUAAAAAACGAGCGGUUGCGGCGGCGGCGGCGGGGGACUCGUCCAUCCAUCUAUCAGGCUCCGGCGGCCGCGGCAGUCACGAGAGCGCAGCCGAACCGCAAACACACUCGAGAGACUCCCAACACCCUAUCCAACCUUCGCAAGAAGAGGAGAGUUUGGUGCAGAGAUGGCCGGGCUGCUGGAUUCGCUGCUGGGCAUGCUGGGCCUGGGUCAAAAGGACCUGGACGUUGAGGACCCCGCGACGGGGCUCACCCUCCGCCAGAAGAACCACGUGCGCUCGACGUGGGCCCUGGUGGUGCCCAACAUCAAGUCCGUCGGCGUCGACCUGCUGACCACGUUCUUCGUGAUGUACCCGCAUCACCAAAAGCUGUUCCCCGCGUUCGCGAACUUAAGCGUGGAAGAUCUGCGGAAGAACAAGAAGUUCACGGCGCACUGCAGCAACGUCAUGUUCAGCCUCACCGGCCUGGUGGACGGACUGGACGACACCGAGGUGCUCGUCGAGCUGUGCGCCAAAAUCGGCAACUCGCACGCCAGGCACCACGUCCCUCCGCAAGCCUUCGACGAUCUGAAGGUGGCCGCCCUGAAAGUGCUGUCCGAGAAACUGGGCAAGAAGUUGACACCGUCGGCAGCAGACGCUUGGGACAAGACACUCACAGUCGCCUUCUCCGUCAUCAAAAAGGAACUAACUGAGCAGUGAGUGCUUCCAACAAUCGCUAGCAAACGCACCAGUCUAAAGAAGGACAAACUCUCUUGACUCUUUAAUUUCGGUCUGCGAUGAGAGCCCUGACGUAAUUUACUCUUUUGCUCCGAGUGCAGCUCCAAUGCCAAGCAACAUCUCAAGUGUGUGGUCAGCAACGCAACAACUGCGUAUUAUUAUUACAAAAGAAACAUGUAAUUUUUAGACUAGCGGGUAAAACAUAGCUUUGCACAAAUUUUACUUGUAAUUGCAGGACGCUCUGAAAUGAAGACCCUUAUUUAUCUCAAGGAUGUUAUAAUUUAAAAAAAAAAAAAAAAAUUUACUAGAAAUUGAACACCCACCAAUAAUUUUUCAUUUUUCAUCUGCCGAAUUACGUACCAAAUUAAAAAUUGUUUUUACUCUCGGUGAAAAUUUUAAAUUUUCUGCAGAUUAUUGUUGCUGCAUUUGCCAAUUUUCAUGUGGUCCUGACUCUAAACGGCUUUGAUAUGCAUAUAAAUAUAUUUAAUUGUAAAUAAAUAAUAAACUUAAUGACACACUAUUUUAUAAGAAU